GCAUCAGCCUCCUGGGUUCCUGGGGUCUGAAGCGGAAUGUGCAACGCUUGGUGGCCGCGCGGAAGUACCGCGACAUGAACAAGAUGCAACGCUCCUUUGGGCUCCGGGUCAAUAAGGCCGGAAACUGCUCUGGCAGCUACAAGCGCGUGGGAGCCCACUGCAACAUGCCCAUGUACCGCAGCUCCAACGACAGCACCAUUUACUACGACGCGGCCGGCAGUGAGUGGAGGAUGGCACUGAAGCCCGAAAGUGAGGAG